UCUAAAUUUGUAUUUCAGGCCACAUUCCUUCCCGUUGUGUUCGCUUGCCUUGUUCCGGUGAUCACCUACCUCCCGUUAUUUGCCGUUGAUGCUCCUAUCAUCAAUCAUAUCUGGAAAGUCCUUCUCGUCAAUUCAGCUGCUACUCUCAUACACUAUCUCUUCUUCAUACCAAACUUGUGCUUGCUUUUCUCUAUCCAUAUGCCUGCUUUUACAUCUGUAAAUUGUACUGAUUGUUGCUGUGAUAUGGAAGACGAUAGCUCGAUUUACUACAUUCCAACAACUGCUCGAGCGGUCCACCCAGAAGGUAUCUACCAGCACACUUCCUAUACCUAUUCCGUGCCCAAGUCAAUGGUUAACGGUGGACCGCCUAAUUAUCUCGCUAUUAGUCCACCUUUGGAAUCGAAUUAUGCGGGUGAUUAUGUCAGAGCAAAUGUUGAAAGGACAAGAACGAGACGAGCAAGGAGGAUAAGCGAAGGAUCUGUACCACAUUCUGAAGCAGCCACUCCUAGAGCCAAUCGAACAUCACGGAAAAAGUCAAAGGAUGAUUCUAUCUAUGAGCCUCCUCCAAGCCCGAGAGCUUCUUCUCGGGAAUCAUCUCCACAACGACAAUCGCGACAGUCGCAUGGACCAUUUUUCCAAGAUCCAUCGAUCAAUAUGCAUCAACAACGUUGGCGACCAUUUGCUCAUCCGCAGCCGUACAUAUUUUAUCCGCCUCCAAAUGGUUUCCGACGGUAG